GCGCGUGGAGCCAAUAGCCUGCGCAUCACCUGACUCCCUCCGCCGCCACGUUGGCCCCGCCCCCCUGUUUUGCUGCCGCCCGACGUCCCGCCGCUGCGCCGGGAGCCCUCGUCGAACCGGAACCGACGACGGAACAUGUCCUCGCUGUUGAAGCCCUUUUCGGUGUGCGCGGGCCCGUGCGAGAGCGGCGGCGCGAGGAGGGGAUGCUCGACGCCGGCUGCCGCCCCGCGGGCUCCGUCGGCCCGUCUCGCCGCCGCCGCCGCGGGGCUGAGCUCCCUGCCGCUCCACCAGCGCUCGUGCGCGGCGAGGAGGAACCUGGCGGCUGCUGCGGUCGGAGGCAGGAAAAUCACGCACCCCGGAAAAGCCAUCCUCGCAGGCGGCAUUGCAGGAGGGAUCGAGAUCUGUAUCACCUUCCCCACGGAGUACGUGAAGACGCAGCUGCAGCUCGACGAGCGCGCCAACCCGCCGCGCUACAGAGGCAUCGGCGACUGCGUGAAGUUGACCGUGCAGGAUCACGGGCUCAGAGGGUUGUAUCGCGGCCUCAGCUCCCUGCUUUACGGAUCGAUACCCAAGUCUGCCAUGAGGUUCGGCACAUUCGAGAUGCUCAGCAACCCGAUGCGAGACGCCACGGGUCGUCUGGACAACACCCGCAGCCUCCUGUGCGGUCUGGGAGCAGGCAUAGCUGAGGCUGUGGUGGUCGUGUGCCCCAUGGAGACGCUCAAGGUGAAGCUGAUCCAUGACCAGUGUUCGCUCCGACCGCGCUACAGAGGCUUCUUUCACGGAGUCAGCGAGAUUAUCAGAGAACAGGGUACGACACCAGAACGCGCCGGCGCGACCCGAUCCGCCGCCGUCGUCGGGCGGCGCUUCACCCGUAAUCUCUCCUCCCGCAGGUGUGAGGGGAACGUAUCAAGGCCUGACGGCGACGGUGCUGAAGCAGGGAACCAAUCAGGCCAUUCGCUUCUAUGUGAUGAACGCGCUGCGCAACUGGUACAAAGGCGACGACCCCAGACGGGAAAUGCACCCCAUCGUCACCGCCACGUUCGGAGCGGCGGCCGGAGCCGCCAGCGUUUUCGGCAACACGCCUCUGGACGUGGUGAAAACCCGGAUGCAGGGUUUGGAAGCCCACCGCUACAAACACACAGUGGACUGUGCCUUCCAGAUCCUGAAGCACGAAGGACCGCAGGCGUUCUACAAAGGGACGGUUCCCAGGCUUGGCCGCGUGUGCCUGGAUGUGGCCAUAGUCUUUGUCAUCUACGAGGAGGUGGUGAAGCUCCUCAACAACGUGUGGCACACGCAGUAGACGGGCCGCACCGUGCCUCACGCUGUACAACCCAACACCUCCGUUCCACCUCAUCCGUCGUGGCCCCGGCCAGAUGAAACGUCUUCCUCGCCGCAACCAAGUCCAUCGCGUUCGCUUGGGCUCAGUUUUCUUAGCCAGUAGUCAGAUUCGGAAUCAGGGGGGAUCCUUUUCUUUAUUUUAUUUUUGAGGGCCAGGAAAAGUCACAGUGACAUGAAGUAGAUCAUGCCUUAUUCUGUGCAAUUGUCCAAACGAUAAGUAUUAUUUCCAGAAAUGUGCAAAUAUUAACCAAAGGUCGGAAAUGGAGAAAAAGCCUUGCCUUGGUUAAAGGGACAUUACGUGUACUGUAUGUAAUGUUUCCAUUUUCUAUGACUGUUACUGUUUAAGCUUUGUACGAUCGUUACUGUCAUUUAGCUGACGGGACCCAACUGCUACUACAUGCAAGUGAUCUGGCUGCAGUACUUGUUAAAUGUGUAAUACUUCAGCACAUCCUGGUGUUCGUGCUUAUUUGACUGUGCUUAUGGCGUCAGGACACUAAAGUGUUCACAAUCUUUGCUCUCUGUGUAUUAGUUACGUUUACUGUGCAUUGUGACAUCAGGCCUGGUAUUUUAAAACUGAACAUAAUCUACACAUGCAACGAUUUUUAGAAGGAUUGAUUUUUUUAAGUGAUUUUACAUUCAUCACCAGAUAAACGACUUAAGGCCUUAGGUGGAACUCCUGUUAUUUCUAUAUGUUUGCAUUUUAGGCUGCACAUUUUUGUUAUAGUAUUUAAGUACGUCCAAGUUGUUUACUCAUUUUCCUUGCCUAACAUUGUUUACACAUGUUGAACAGCUUUGAUCGGCCUAGAUGCACCACACAGCCUAGCACAGUUGCCAAAGUUCAGCCCAGUAGAAUCUCCAGUUAGCAGAGUUCUAUCAAAAGGCAACAGACUAGUGUUUCAUGUGUGUCACCACUGUUUUUGAUUAACUGAGCACAUUUUUACUAUCUUUGUGGUCAUCCUUUGCUACUUUGCACGAAACUGUGCUUUCAUAUUUCAGAGGCUCAUGUUGAGCUACAGGUAUUUUAUUUGUGCUGCUGUAAAACAAAGAUGCGAGAGUAACAUCAGAAGAGAAAGGCUGCGGUGUAAUGUACAGGAUCUGAUAUGGGAAAAGCAUAAAUAGACCUGCUUUCUAUAAGCUUGAUAUGGAUAAACUAAUAAACCUGAAAUGUGGGAGUACACAUCGUGCUAAA